UCGGCCGCUAACGAGCUGGUUAACGGAGAAAAUAGCGAGAGUAGCUAGUGCUCUACGCCGCUACACAACAUUCUAAUUACACACCAAACGCAAGCCGAUGAACGUCAAUCAAGCUCCCAUUCGGCACUGAUCCUCGCUGAUUGGACAACGUUGGCUCCGCCUAACUCUAAUGCCCGCUCGACCCAAAUCGAGCGUGCUAGCAAACGUGUGUGCGUAUCGCGGCAAGAAGCAUCUUAGUCAGGUAAGUGUCUGUAUUAAUGUUUAAUUCACAAAUCCGCUAAAGGAUCACGGCCCGACUAUUGAAACGGCUUUAGUUGGCGCUAAUUCCUAAAUAAAUUCCUUGAGCGCAAACUUUUCGCGAACGACAACUGGAAGUAGCUUAAAAAUCAUUUCUACAUUUCAGUCCAAUUUACUUAGACCAAAAGAGUGAUUAAAACCUGGGACGGAUAUGGCUGGAAUGGCUUACUCGUCCGUUCCCUGUUCGAAACCUCCUCCUUGCGGACCUCCUCCAUUGCCCUACGCGGUUAACGGACUUUCUCUGGCCACAACUCACAGUCAUCAUGAUAUGAUGCAUCAUCCAGCCAUGGGAUAUGCCGCCGCCAACCCGCGUAAACAAAGGAGAGAAAGAACGACGUUCACAAGAGCCCAACUGGACGUGCUGGAGGCGCUAUUUCAGAAAACUCGCUAUCCCGACAUAUUCAUGAGAGAAGAAGUCGCUUUAAAAAUUAAUUUGCCAGAAUCUAGAGUUCAGGUGUGGUUUAAGAAUCGUAGAGCCAAAUGCCGUCAACAACAAAAGCAACAAGAAACAACUAAAGGAUCGACUGGCAGUGGUGGUAGUGGAUCAUCCUCGGUUGUUACUCAGCCGAGUAGCAACACAAGCAACGGAACUUCAUCUUCAACUCCGCCGACUUCCACUCCAACUAAUAAGCCAGUCAUAAAGAAAAAGCAGGAGGAUCAUGGAUCAUCGACUGCCUCAACCGGAAGUAGUCCACCAUACAAAGACUAUAAAGACUACAGCAAGAGCGCCGCUACUCCUCUUUGGUCACCUGUUUCAGAUCCAUUGGCCAGCUCUUGCAUGCAGAGAACGACUUACAUGCCUCCGCCUUCCGCCGCCUAUUCGACUCAUGGAACCGCCUCUCCUUAUGCGCCGUGCAACUCCUAUUAUGCUCCGCAAACUGGAAUGGAUUACAUGAAUGGCGCAGGACAACAGUGUUCGCCUAAUAUGUACCAUUCUCCCGCCCCUGCACCGGCCAUGCCAAAUGCUUAUUUUGCUCCUCGUACUCCGGAUAGUGGAAUGAUAGUGGAACAUCAUACUUCCACUUCGUCUCCAUCUCCCUCGUUGGUCACAUGGUCGUCAAACGCUACGCCAAAAUUUCAAAUGCUCUAAAAAGUCUCUAUAUCCAAUCGUUAUGUUAAUUUAUAUCAAUGUGCAUGCAUGUGUAUACGUGUAAACGUGUCAAUGUCGUCUUUCUCUUGCCGUAGUCAGUAUUGGGUUUGAAAAAUUGGAAAAGAGCGGUGUUGUCUAUAUUUACAGCAAAUUACUAUGUAAUACUAUGUAAUGUACGCGUAUACAGCGUCUACUAUGUAUAUAUUUCCUUAAACUUUGACUAUACAUUUUCUCCUUAUCAUAUUUUCUCCGUUUUUUUCUCCUUAAAUCUCCCUGCUCAUUUUAUCUCGAAAAUAAAAAGUGAAGUGUUGUGCACUGUAAAUUGUAUAUAUACAAAUUUCAUUUGGAAAGUUUUCGUGUUUGUGUAUGUACA